GAAAAAGUAAUUGCAUCGGCCGGGAAUCGAACCCGGGCCGCCCGCGUGGCAGGCGAGCAUUCUACCACUGAACCACCGAUGCUGCUGAGAGACAGCUCUUACAGACAUAUUGAUCACCGGUGAUACAUAUAGUAUUUUAUAUGUGUUUCAGAAAUGUAGGUUAUAAAACGACGUAUUUUCUUAUUUUUCCAAUAUAUCGAGACGCAUAUACCAAGGAAUAUAAUUUUAAGAGGAGUCUGAUAAUGACGCCAGUUGGCACGAAGUCUGAAAGACCUCAUCGCAAAAGAUCCGUCCCUUUGUGCGAUACGAUUAGCACGACGCAGGAAGUCCCGCACCUGUCCUUCCGCGAUUUGUCCUGCACACCAUGCAUAAUCAUGAGACUGCUCGGCUCAUUAGAAUCCUAAUUCGAGUUAGAGCUAGACUAAGACUAUCUCAUACUUAUUAAAAAAAGAAAGAAAAUAGUGCUAACGAAAGUGCUCUCGGACUAAAAAGUGACGUGAAGUAAUUUUUGUAAUUGCCUUUGCGUCUUUACACUGAAGAUUCAAGUUUGAGCCAUUACGGCAUAAUCUGGAAGACAAUGUCGACAGAUAAGGUCUGAAAAGCGCUGAAAACGAAGAAAAGAAUCGUGAUCCGCAACAUGGCGGCGAACGAUAGACUGCCAGUCUUUCCAACAAGAGGCAAGCAGGCCCAAAUGAAGAUGCGGAUAAUAUCGGCCAAGAGGGGCCACGAUUUGCUGAAGAAGAAGGUGAAUGGUCUGCAGAUGCAUUUCCGCACCACAAUGGCACGGCUGAUCGAGAACAAGACGUCCAUGGCGGAAGCCAUGAAGGAGGCAGCGUUCUCUUUAGCUGAAGUCCGAUUUGCAGCCGGCGACGUCAAUCAAUUCGUACUUCAGACUGCAGGCAAGGCCCGAAUCAAGGUCCUGACAACAUGCGAAAACGUCUCCGGUGUUAACAUUCGGGUGUUCCAGUAUUUCGAGGAAGGUGCGGACUCUUACGAGUUCGCCGGCUUGGCAAGAGGUGGCCAACAGGUGGCCAAGCUGAAAAGGAACUACCGACGAGUGAUCGCAUUGCUGGUCAAUCUGGCCUCUCUGCAGGACAGCUACAAGACCCUCGACGAAAUGAUCAAGAACACCAAUCGCCGUCUUAACGCGAUCAAGCACGUCCUUUUGCCUCGGCUAGACCGCACUCUGAAAUAUAUCGUCACGGAAUUGGACGAGCGUGAAAGGGAGGAGUUCUGCAGACUGAAGAAGAUCCAAGACAAGAAGAAGAGCGGCACCAAGUUAUCCUCCCAAAUGGCCGCUGGAGAACCUGCCCCAGUUCGAGUGUUAUGCGCCUUGGAAGAAGAGGACGAGGAUCUUCUCUUUUGACGAAGCUUUUAUUUAUUCGAGGCUUUACACGUACACAUAUUCGAUAAACUAAGCAACUUCUCUUUUGGAAUUCGCGAGCUUCGGCUUGGAUGAGACGAAUUACCCCUUUAUUGGUUUGCGUGUGUCUCUUUGGAAGGGAGGUUGGAGGGUUGAGGGGUUGGUCGACUUCGGCUCUCAUUAUCAUAUCCCGGUGUUUGGCGGCGGUUAAGGUCGGCUUUAUGGGCUGUAUUUUCUCGGUAUAAUUGGGCCUCGCGAGUCCACCUUUUCGCCGGAUCGGCGCGGCGGUUCUGCAGGCCCAAGUCAGGCCCUUGCCGAAAGCCCUCCAGGCAUUUAUUAUCCUGCAGCCCCCCUUUUUACGGGGAAGAGGAGGAAAUUUAUUA